UCCCAUCAUUUUUUCUCAAGCUUUCAGAAGCACAGCAACAACAACAAGGCCUCUUUGUAUAAGCAUACUCUACAUUUCUGAUUGAUAUGAAGAUGAAUGAUCAGUAUAAUGUAGGAGGGGUUAUUGCCUCUUUGCUUUGUUUUGUUCUGUUAUGUUUACUCAAGUAUAAGAAGAACAGGAAGAAUAGGUGCUUGGUGCAGAAUCAGGUCAUGGAAAGCAUCAAACCAAUCGAAAAUGGUGAAUGUCAGGAAGAGAUAGCGCGAAAUCCAGAUAUUAUUAUUGUUGGUGCUGGUGUGGCUGGUUCUGCUCUGGCUUGUACUCUUGGAAAGGAUGGGCGUCGAGUUCUUGUUAUUGAAAGGGAUCUAGCUGAGCCUGAUAGAAUUGUAGGUGAAUUGCUUCAGCCAGGGGGCUAUCUGAAACUCAUUGAGUUGGGUCUUGAAGAUUGUGUGAAUGAAAUUGAUGCACAAGAAGUAUUUGGAUAUGCUCUGUUUAAGGAUGGAAAGAGUACUAAGUUGUCGUAUCCGUUGAAAGAUUUCAAUCCAGAUGUGACUGGAAAAAGCUUCCAUAAUGGUCGCUUCAUACAGAGAAUGCGCGAGAAGGCUAAAACAAUUUCCAAUGUGAGACUCGAACAAGGAACAGUGACAUCUCUUGUUGAAAGAAAGGGUACUGUGAAAGGAGUUCAAUACAAGACUAGAGGUGGUCAAGAGAUGACAGCAUAUGCUCCUCUCACAAUUGUAUGUGAUGGCUGCUUUUCAAAUUUGCGACGCUCUCUUUGCAAUCCACGGGUGGAAAUUCCUUCGUGUUUUGUAGCCCUGAUCCUAAAGGACUGCCAACUUCCAUACCCUGAUCAUGGUCAUGUUCUAUUAGCAAAUCCUUCACCAAUUCUGCUAUACCGGAUAAGUAGCACUGAGAUUCGAUGUUUGGUUGAUGUCCCUGGUAAGAGAAUACCUUCCAUUGUGAAUGGAGAUAUGGCCAAUUACUUGAAGACUCUGGUGGCACCUCAGAUCCCUCCCGAGCUCUAUGAUGCCUUCAUAACAGCAGUAAAUGAAGGGAAUAUGAAAACAAUGGCAAACAGAAGCAUGCCAGCAUCUCCUUAUCCCACUCCAGGCGCACUCCUAAUAGGAGAUUCAUUCAACAUGCGCCAUCCUUUGACCGGUGGAGGAAUGACAGUUGCUCUAUCAGACAUUGUUGUUCUACGAGACCUUCUUAGACCCCUUGGCAAUCUAAAUGAUGCAUCUGCACUCUGCAGAUACCUCGAGUCCUUUUACACUUUACGCAAGCCAUUGGCAUCAACAAUAAAUACUCUGGCAGGUGCACUGUACAAAGUAUUCUGUGCAUCACCAGAUCUGGCAAGAAGCGAAAUGAGGUCAGCCUGUUUCGACUAUCUAAGCCUUGGAGGAGUUUGUUCAAGUGGACCAGUGGCUCUUCUCUCUGGCUUAAAUCCUAGACCAUUGAGCUUAGUACUUCACUUCUUCUCCGUGGCUAUAUAUGGCGUCGGUCGCCUUCUACUUCCCUUUCCUUCACUCCAACGCCUGUGGCUUGGCAUCAGACUAAUCAUGGAUGCAACAAGUAUCAUUUUGCCGAUCAUAAGAGCUGAAGGAGUUCGACAAAUGUUCCUCCCUGCAGUUUUUCCAGCAUAUUUCAGCUCUCCUCUCACCUGUUAAGACAAUCAUUAUUCAUUCUUUCGCUUCAUAUUUCUUCUAAGGCCAAAUUCUUUAGUGAAAACUCAGCAGCACAAGUUGAUGCUUUGAGGAAGCUAAUGUUUAUUGAGGACAAGAGUUUUCUCUGGCAUUGUGUACCUGAUUUUUAUGUAUGAUAAGAUGCAGAAACUUGCAAGAUUUACUGUACACUUCCAUAACAUUUAUUACAAAAUAAAUUUCAA